AUGAAACCUGCGAAACUCCAAAGACAUCUUAAAACUAAUCAUACUGACUGCUCGGAGAAACCAUUGAAAUAUUUUAUGCGCAAGAAACAUUCACCUGAUAAUCAGAAGUCUUGCAUACUGCAAGCAACUAAAGUCAAUGAGAAGGCUUUAAGAGCAUCAUUUUUAGUGGCUAUCCGAGUUGCACAGGCCAAAAAGCCUCACACAAUUGCAGAAACUCUGAUAAUGCCUGCUGCUAUAGAUAUGUGUCGAGAGAUGUUUGGUAAAGCCUUGGCAAGUAAACUGAAAACAAUUCCAAUUUCAAACGACACAAUUCAACGACGUAUAACUUUGGCGGCAGCUGACGUUGAAGAACAGUUGAUUUCAAGGCUGCAAGAUUGUAAACAAUUUGCUAUUCAAUUGGACGAAUCAACGGAUGUUUCCGGCCAGGCACAAUUAAUAGCUUAUGUCAGAUAUAUCUGGAUGGAUGAAGUUGAAGAAGAUUUUUUAUUUUGUAAAGUUUGUCCGGGUCACACAACAAGUGCAGAACUUUUUGCUAUCCUUGAUAAUUUUAUGGCAGCCAAUAGCAUCGAAUGGUCCUGGUGUAUCAGAGUGUGCACGGAUGGUGCUGCAGCAAUGACUGGAAAACGAACAGGCUUGUGGGAACUUGUGCGUUCUAAUGUGCCAACUGCCACAUUUACGCACUGUAUGAUUCAUCGGGAAAGUCUUGCGAGUAAAAGAAUGAACGCGAACUUGAAAUCUAUUUUUGAUCAGGCCAUAAAAAUUGUUAAUUACAUCAAGGCUCAUCCACUGAAUUCUCGUCUCUUUGCUUCAUUAUGUUCGAAUAUGGAUUUUGAUCAUGAACAGUUACUGAUGCACACUGAAGUUCGCUGGUUAUCAAGGGGAAAAGUGUUUAACAGACUGUUUGAAUUACGUGAUGUGGUGAGAGAGUUUCUUGGAGGAAAAAAUUCACAGCUUGUUGUUCAUUUGAAUGACAAUUCAUGGGUUGCUGCUCUGGCUUACUUGGCUGACAUUUUUGAACAGCUGAAUAAACUGAAUUCAUCUCUGCAAGGGAAGCACACAAACUUAAUUACCCUCAGUGAUAAAGUGUCUGCUUUUAUGAAAAAACUUGAUCUGUGGAAGACAAGAUUAUUUCAGGGUAACUUUGAAAUGUUUGAUCAAUUGCAUGAAUUCACCGAGAAACAAGAAAAUGCUGAAAUCAACAAGCCCGAGUUGGUGAAAUUGAUUUCUGAACAUAUUCAAUCAUUGCUGGAUCAAUUUAACUUCUACUUUGGUGAUUUGAACGUUGAGAGUUUUUUGUGGGUUUCCAGUCCGUUUCUUGCACACAUUGAUUCAUUAAAUUUACCAACAUCGGAAUUAAACCAAUUAAUUGAACUGACCAGUGAUACUACAUUGAAGAUGAUGCAUCCGAGAGUGAGCUUGAUGAAAUUUUGGACACAAGCUUCACAUGAGUAUCCAGAACUGUCUCAGAAAGCUUUCAAAAUAAUUUUACCCUUUGCGACAUCAUAUCUUUGUGAAUGUGGAUUUUCUGCACUGGUUACAAUUAAAACAAAAUGUCGUUCACGGCUUGAAGUCGAAGAUGAACUCCGAUUGAGUCUUUCAAGCAUUACACCUCGUUUGGAUAAGCUGUGCUCAAAUUUGCAAGCUCAAGGCUCGCACUAA